AACAGCCGCUAGCUUUUUUCAUAUCACAGUCUAAUGCUUGGCUAAUACGAAGCUGUUAAAGUUCACACUUUGACGUGUUUGUUUGCUAUGCAGAAGACGCGUGCAUGUCAAGGCGCGUGCGCGUGUAUCUGAGUAUGAGCUGUAUUAAUCAGUCUGUGAUUAGUGAUCAAUGGUGUGAGUGCGCGGCUCUCUCUGGAGAUCAGCAGAUUCGAUGCAAAAGAGAGUCGGAGGUGAUGAAGGAUCAGGGCCGAUGUUGCAGAGGAAGGAGUCGUUUUCUCUCCUCUCGUCAUCAGAGACGUGGCUCUUCAGUGGGAAGAAGAGGAAGCAGAGGACGAGAGAUGUGGAUUCACUCAGUCUGUGCAGCUUGGACAUCAAUGAGCCCAGCAGCAAGCGUGUGAAGCCUCUGUCUCGAGUCACGUCUCUGGCCAGUCUCCUCCCUCCAGUUAAAGCUGCUCCGCUCAAGCGCAUCGGACAGACGCUGCAGCGCUCCAUCAGCUUCCGUAAUGACUGCAGACCGGAGAUCAUCGCCCCGCGGCCGUGGAGCCGGCAGAUCGCUCCAGCCAUCACCAAACGCCGCGACAGCAAGCUGUGGAGCGAGACAUUCGAUGUGGGCCUGGGACAUAUGCUGUCCUCCAAAGAGAUCAAGAGACAAGAGGCCAUCUUUGAGCUGUCUCAGGGAGAACAGGACCUGAUUGAGGACUUGAAGCUGGCCAAGAAGGCGUAUCGUGAGCCCAUGCUGAAGCUGUCCAUCAUGAGCGAACACGAGCUCAAUCAGAUCUUCGGCACGCUGGACUCCCUCAUUCCUCUGCAUGAAGAUUUGCUGAGUCGACUCCGAGAAGCCAGAAAACCGGACGGCUCCACAGAUCACAUGGGUCAUAUUCUAGUGGACUGGCUCCCUUGUCUUGAAACCUACGCCACUUACUGCAGUAACCAGGUGGCAGCCAAAGCCCUGCUGGACCAUAAGAAGCAGGACCAUCGGGUGCACGACUUCCUCCAGCGCUGUCUGGAGUCGCCCUUCAGCCGUAAACUGGACCUCUGGAGCUUCCUGGACAUCCCCCGCAGUCGCCUGGUCAAGUACCCGCUGCUGCUGCGAGAGAUCCUCAAACACACGGCGAGCGAGCACCCCGACCGCCAGCACCUGCAUCACGCCAUGAGCAUGAUCCAGAGCAUCGUGGCACAUAUUAACACCCAGACGGGCGAGUCGGAGUGCCGUUACUAUAAAGAGCGCCUGCUGUAUCUGGAGAGCGGUCAGAGAGACCUGCUGAUCGACAGCUCCAGGAUCCUCAGCUGCCACGGACCGCUCAAGAACAACAGAGGACUCAAGCUGCAUGUGUUCCUGUUCCAGGACGUGUUGGUGGUGACCCGGGCCGUCUCCCAGAACGAGCAGCUGUGCUAUCAGCUCCACCAGCAGCCCAUCCCCGUCAGAGAUCUGGAGUGGGACGACCUGCAGGACGGAGAGAUGCGCCUCGGAGGAUCCAUCAGAGGAGCCUUCAGCAACAGCGAGCGCACCAAGAACUUUUUCCGGGUGGUGUUUGGCAGCGGAGGACAGCUGCAGACGCUCUGCUUCCAGGCCAGCGAUGCCUUCAGUAAACAGCAGUGGCUCAACUGCAUUCGACAGGCCAAAGAAGCUGUGUGCCCUGCAGGAUCUGAGCCACAGCUCCUCUCAGUGCAGACAGCACGUCAGGACAGAGCGAGGCCGUGCUCGGACUACAGUAUGAUGGACACCAGCGACGCCUGCGUGGAUCUGAGCAUCGAGUGUCCUCCAGUGCACCUGACAGACGUCACCGCUGUGAAAGUGUGACUGCCACGCUGCACUGAAACAUGUGCUUCUCUGCUUGACCUGCGACCCUCUUCAGUCUGUGCUACAGGAAUCUCCCCGUGUAAAGGAAGCACGUCUCUGAGUCUGACACUGCUGUCACUGGAUCUUGUGUGGUAUUCCUGUGCCUUUCAUUCACUGUGCGGUUUCUCUCAGAAACUGACAUCGAGGAGCAUCGGUCUGCUUUUCCACCACCUGUAAGACACCAUUCACUUUAAUCACACUGUCUGUGCAAGAAAAGAGUUACAUGGGUGUAUAAGGGGAAAUAUUGUUCAGGUGUUUAACGUACAUUCAGUAAUCACUAAUAAAAGACGAGCAGUCGAGUGUUUUCACUACAUGCACGAGUAAAGGGCUGAACCUACACACAUUCAUCUCAGUGUGUCGCAGCACUGCACGAUUACAGCAUUUCUGCAUCGAUGUCAGAGCCAGAUCCAGUGGGCAAUAUUACAUCUCUAAUCCACAAACAAACUCUCUAAAGCACUUUGUUUUGAAAGUGGCUCCGCUCUGAAUGUGAUCUCAUUGGAGGAUGGACAGCUCGAGGUGUUUCCUGAUCCUGCGGAGCUGGGACUUCUUCAGUUCUUCUGUAGCAGUAAACACGAACUGAACCGUGUCUCUUGUGCCACGCGGAUCAUGAACCUGUCAGUGUUUGUGUGUGCGCCAAAACUGACCACUGAUGUGUCUGUGCCCAGACGUGUCUUCAGGUUUUGCAUUUUCAGAUGUGCAGCAUUAUGUAUUUAAAAACUGUUCAAAAGUAUUUGAUUCUUUUUCUUUUACAUUUUUUAUUUCUUUUUUUUUUCACACGUAUUGUAUUGAAAUGUAUAAGAUGUUUAUUUAUAGUGUUUUUCACCUGAUUUACUUCACUGUAUUUAGUUUUUCUGUUUGGUUGCUGUUGGAUUAAAAGGGAACCGGACUGGAUUUAACAGAGUUGAUGUUCUAGAAAUCAGAAAUGACGGAAGAGUUUGAAGGUAAAUUAGGGUGGGAACACAUUUUUAAUACACGAGACUGAGAGACUGACUGAUGGACAGUGUGGAACAAAAUGAAGAAAAUCAAAUAAACAUUUUAAAAACCUUAAAUAUUUUCUUCUUUUACACAUUAUGGUGUAUAUAAUAACUAUUAUAAAUGAUGAGUAUUGCAGUAAUGUGAGCGGGUGGUGAUGCGUGAAGCUCGGCGGUGCUUUGCUCUUGGUGUAGGAAGUGUUUUGAUGCCGAGGUGUGAAGUUUAAGAUCAGCUUUGAAUGUUUACCAUCUUUACACGGUGGAGAGUAGUGUUCGGGGACUGCUGAGUCUCUAGUGCUCCUCGGCUGCAGUGUAUCACAUCUUCAUAAUGAGGACCACAGGGAACAGAUGGUAAAAACACUUGUCUUGUCUAGCUCCUGCUCAAUAUGACAUGCACUAUAUACCUUUACAAGGAGGCUAAUGACUUACAGGGAUACUCCACUGUGUGGUAGAUGUAACUUACCUGGCCGUCUAUGGCUCAGUCACAAACCUUCUGGGUUUGAUCCCAAAUGUCUUCAAUUGUGUUCC